ACUGAGCAGAUCAUGUGUUAAGCUCUGGUGGCCCGGCCUGGGCGAGCAAUUGGACACUCCAGAUUUAAUUUUGCAGGUAAUUUGAACGAUGCUAUCUCAUGUCAAAUGUUCCUGUUCUCAUGAGCACAAAGGCUGCCUAAUUUUUAAUUAGUGGGUAAGCAGUAAGUGAUCGCCAGCAGGAAGUGGACACCGCUGUUAAUUAACAACCCAUGGCUGAUAAAGAUCAGUGUGGUCCCUGCGUUUCACUCGGUCUAACAGGUCCUUGUGAAAUCACGUAGCCCAGCCCCAGGUGCCGUCUGCUCUCAGCUGCUGCUUCCUUCCUAACUAGGACUUUUCUGGAGGGGGAUCAAGAGGAAGGGGAAAAAAAGAAAGGAAAAAUCAGCCCACAUGGCCAAGGCAGCAGGGGCUGUGGGGAGCAGCCGUCUGCGCUGGGAACCCCGUUGCCAGCAGCCCCGGCCCGACAGAGUGCCCAUCACUGCAGUCCUGCCCCCGCGCCUCGAGGGACCCUGGAUCUCCACUGGCUGCGAGGUGCGUCCAGGCCCAGAGUUCCUCACCCGCUCCUACACCUUCUACCCCAACCGCCUCUUCCGAGCCUACCAGUUCUACUACGAGGACCCCUUCUGCCGGCAGCCUGCCCACUCGCUGCUUGUCAAGGGCAGGAUUCGCCUGCGCCGGGCCUCCUGGGUCACCCAGGGCGCCACUGAAGCCGACUACCACCUGCACAAGGUGGGCAUCGUCUUCCACAGCCAUCGCGCUCUGCUCCACAUCACGGGGCGCCUCAACGAGACCCACGCCGGCCGGGGCUGCACGCAGAGGCUGCCCCACACCCAAGCCUGGCGGCCUGGGGCUCUGUAUGAGCUGCUGAGUGCCCAGGCUGGGGGCAGCUGCACGGCUGCCCUGGGCUUCACCAUGCAUGAGCUCAGCCUGGUCCGCGUGCAGCGCCACCUGCAGCCGCAGUCCCGGGCCGUGCCCCAGCUGGUUGAAGAGCUGUACCUGGGGGACAUCCACACCAACUGGGCAGAGAGGCAACACUACCGGCCCACCGGCUACCAGCGCCCCCUGCAGAGCGCCUUGCACCACUCCCGGCCCUGCCCGGCCUGCAGCCUCAUCGCCGGCUCCGAUGAGCUCCACCCGCCCGUGCUGCCUCCCCCGCUGGCCCUGCCCCUGCGCCUGAGCGGCCGGUGGGUCAGCGCGGGGUGCGAGGUGCGCCCGGCCGUGCUCUUCCUCACCCGCCUCUUCACCUUCCACGGGCGCAGCCGCUCCUGGGAAGGGUCUUACCACCACUUCUCAGAUCCAGCCUGCCAGCAGCCCACCUUCACCGUCUACGCCGCUGGCCGCUACACCAGGGGCAUGCCAUCAGCCAAGGUCCACGGUGCCACCGAGCUGGCGUUCGAGGUCACGCGGGCCCACGUGACCCCCAUGGACCAGGCCACCAUGGCCAUGCUCAACCUCUCGGAGCCGAGCAGCUGUGGGGGCCCGGGGGUCUGGUCCGUGGGCACUGAGCGGGACAUCACGGCCACCAAUGGGUGCCUGCCUCUGGGCAUCCGGCUCCCCCACGUGGAGUACGAGCUUUUCCAGAUGGAGCAGACCCCACGCGGGCAGAGCCUGCUCUUCAUCGGACAGCGGCCCACCGACGGCUCAAGCCCCGACACCCCGGAGAAGCGCCCCACCUCCUACCAAGCACCCCUGGUGCUGUGUGGCGGAGAGGCCCGUGACUCCGCCAGGCCUCCGCAGCAGAGGCCCCGUGGCAGUGGGGGGCCGCGUGCUGGUGGAGUCCCAGCCCCCCUUCUGCUGCUUGUCCUCGGGCUGGCCCUCCUCAGGAGUGACACUGGGGUCAGGCAGCACGUCCCUUGCCCAGCGUGUCUCUGAGGUGUCAGGCGGGCAACACCCGAGGCCUCCUGCCAUUCUCUUCCCGGGCCCUUGGGGUUUCUGAGGGGACAGAGGAACACGUAGUGGCGGUCCUGCCUGGGGAUGUGCUGCCAGGUGUGGGGUGUUUGAAAUGAUUAAUUCGAAUUUAGCAAUGCAAACGCAAACCAGGGCCAUGAACUGAAGAGGCUGCUUUGGCUCGGUACUGCCCAGCUCUCUGGCAAAGGGGGGCUCUUGGGCGCUCGGCUUUCCUGUGCUCUGACCACUGGCCUUUGUCGGCACCUGCCUGCGUGCCUGUGAGUCAGACCUCACACUGUCCACACUGCAUGCAGAUAAGUCCAGCGCUCCAGGGCCAGCCUGUGAACAGGGCUCCAUGUGAGCCGUGGAGCUCGCCCUCUCUGCAGCCUCUCAGCCCCGCUCGCCCACGCCAAGCGCAGCGUGUGCCAGGCAGGCCGCAGGGGCCGGGCAGGAGGAGAGUGCGGUGCCAGCCUUGGCGAGGAAUUAAUUCUAACGAGAGCGGUGACACGGGCACACUCUGCAAUGAGCCCGCAUGGGGCCUCUGCUUUCGAGACUCCCCUGGGUUGGACUGCCCAGCGGGGACAGAAACCCCAACGUGCCCCUCUGGGACCACCGCGGGGAGCACUCAGGCGCCCCGACUGCAGCCAGGAGCUCAGCAGCUCUGCCCGCCUGGCACCUCGCGGGUGGUGGUGUGUGGUGUCCCCUGCUCACAGGGCACCCAUCGUGGUGGGGACAGGCUCUCCAGAGACCCUCCUGCAUCCCCAGGGCCUGGGCUGGACACUAGGGACUAACCAGCAUCGCGGUGGGCUCAAGGUUCCCAUGCCUGUGCCGGCGGGCACCCCUUCUCUCCCCAGCCCAUGUGGCUCUUAUCACAGACCUCAAGGCGUUCAGGGGAAGCCCUGGUCCUCUCCAGGCCUCGUGGCUCAGUCAGCCUGCUGGGACCGCUCUGACUUAUUACCCAUUCUUGAAAGAAAGCAAGAGAAGAAACCACCCAGUGAAUAUUCUCCGGAGGCCUCAGAAAGCGACGAGUGUUCCUGACGUAUUUUCCAAAGUACAAGAAAUAGCCGGGUUAUUUACAGUCGUAGACUACUUCAGGUGGGGGUCCCGGUGGGGAUGAUGGGGAGGGUCACAGCCUGUCCACGGCUGAGGAAGUCCUGUGCCCGUGGCUGGAAGUGACCAUGCCACUAUUUGUCAUUGAAUUUGAAUCUUUUAAUAAAAUUAACAGCUUGAAAAAUGUUCUUAUUGGUUAUUAAAGUCAACCAAGGGGAUUCUGAUUCCAAAGAAAGAGGUAGAGGGUUUACA